AUGACUUACAAAAAUCUGAGUAUUUGUAAUCAGAUAAUUUUAAAAGUUAAAUGGUCCCUGAAAACGACUUUUUCUAAGUUUCAAUGUGUAACUUACUUAAAUCUUGGCAGAUUUAAACUUAAAAUGUCUGGAGAUUUUUAUCAUGGAGGUGGUGGAAGUAGUGGAUCUGAUGGUGCAAUAAAUCCUGGUUUUGAUCCCUUGGGUGCAGCUAGUACUGGUGAACAUGGCAGCUCUUUCAGUAAUAAUAAUGACAGUCAUGGUGUCGACCAGAGAGCAGCCUAUUGGAAAGAAUAUGCAGACAGAAGCUUUAAAGAAUAUUUUUCAAACUGUCCUGGAGGCCCAGCAAGCUCAGCGCAUUCUACAGGAUGGGAGGAGCAGUCAAAUCCAUCUGUAAGUUAAAAAGUAUUGAAAAAUAAUAGAUAUUAAGAUGGCUCCGUCAUUAACACCAGAGAAUUUAGCUGUGACAAAUUUUCCAUCGUAACUUUUUUGUUUUUAACGCGAUGGCUGUGAAACAUUGCAAAGAACAACAAAUAUUAUUCGGCAAUAGUACGAAAUAUUCCGAUUUCAUGGUAAAUAUUUCUUGAGAAAUUAUCGCGUAAAAGGACCCUACUGUUCAAAGAAAAUUGCGUCUAGUAAAAAAUUUCGUUGACAUUUUUUACUGAAAGUUCUGGUAUUGGCUUUUACAGAUAUAAUAAAUAUGCUGAAGAAGUCUGUAUAACUAAACGUCGCUCAAAAUUCUACCCGUGAACUGAUCGAUUCAUAUAAACAUGUUGCAGUGCAAAACAUAAUAAUCAAGAAAAAACUACUCAUCCAUUGAAGGAAGGAUUGGCAAGAAUUUCAGAGUUGUAAGUUUAUUCUCGGGCAGUAUUUUUGCAAUAAUUUUAUUUUGCACUGUGAUGUAAUUUGGUUCACAGGAAUAUAGGCAUCAUUGUCGUGUGUCCCCUGGGUGCAGAGGUGUAAAUUCUUCACAGAACUGUCACUUGUGCUCAUUUUGUAGUCAUAAACAAAGGUGCUGGACAGUUCUAUCUGAGUUCUGAUAUGAGGUAGCGUCCAAUCUCAAUACCUUUUUCCCGAAAUGGAAGCAACAAACAGCAGUAAAUUGUCAUUGAAAAUGCAUUGCAAUACAUCAAAAUGUAUGCACCAAGAAUUUGAGCCAAAACUGCCAAGGGAUAUUUUAAAAAUGUUGAGGAACUAGUCUACUUCAGAGCUAGGUUUGGAGCAAUUUAUAGUGCUUCUAAAACUAAAAAGUACCUUUUACUUAAAGCACGAUAGGCAAUCGGCUUUUGUUUUAAGAAUUAGCAAACAUUGAAUUUACUUGUCCCGAAAAUUCAAACUGGUGUCUCCUUCUACCUGAUAGUAAUUUAUUUUUGAAAUUCCAAAACAAUUUCACAGCUGAAUUUUGAGCCAUGUUUAUAGUUACGGACUUCUGCUCCAACGAUUUUACCCGGGGGGGGGGGUACUCCCAUAUAUUACCUAUACGGGUAUGUGCCGCCCAACGGGGUCGUGAUUUUGAAGCUCCUGAUUUAGAAAGGGGUAUCCAUUUUAGAGGCGUUUUCUAGAACGGGGUAUAAUAUUUCGAAAGCACGAAAGCUCCAGUUUUGUAAGCAGCCAUCUGAACUUAUUUAAGGACAGAUUGCUGUUAAAAAUACGGUUCAAUGCGUUAACAAGCAAACUGUUGUACUCUUUGCUCCUUAGAACGGAGUAUAAAAAAUUGGUCCAUUUCUAGAACGGGGUAUCAGUUUUAGGGCGAAUUCUAGAACGGGGUAUCAAUUUUAGGGGAAAUUUUUUUUAGAACGGGGUGCCAAUUUGGAGUCCCGGGCGGCACAUACCCACCCAAAAAAUACCCAAGUGCCCCCCCCGGGCGAUUUUACUGAAAUUCCUCUGGCAUAUUUAUUAUAUCAGUUAAAGCCAAUACCAGAAAUUUCAGUAAAACAUAUAAGCAAUUUUUUUAAAAACUAGACGCGAUUUUCUUUAAACAGUAGGGUCCUUUUAAGCGCUAAUUUAGUAAAAUAUAUUUACCGUCAAUGAAAUUGGAAUGUUUCGAAAUAUUGCCGAAUGAUAUUUGUUGUUCUUUGCAAAGUUUCUCAGCCAUCGCGUUAAAAACAAAAAAGUUAUGAUGAAAACUUAGUCACAGCUAAAUCCCCCUGUAUUAAUGACGGAGCCACCUUAAUUUAUGCCUGCAUGGGUGGUUUUUUUUAAGUGGGGGUUAGUGUAAAUAGGGGCCAAUUCCUUACCAAAAUGUAUUUUCCCCUCAUCACAAAUUUCUUAUAAUAUUGUCUUUGAAUGAAUGAAGGAAAAAUAAACAAUUAGUGGUAUUUAAUUCAUUUUAUACCCCCAAAUGUCUUUUAAUAAACGAAGGAAACAGAAGUAAUUAGUAGUUAUUGUUCUUUGUUUACAACUACAUGUACUUUAAUUCAAUAUUACUUAAAUGAAUAAUUGACUUUUAACUAUACUGCCAUUUAGUCCAUAACUUUUGAAAUAAGUUUUAUAAGAUUUAUUUGAAUAUUUUUACGUAAGAAAUUUCUCAAACUUAUUUAUUUUUGCAGGAAGUUGGAAAUGAUACAACUGAAGAGGAAUGUAGUAAGCCUCAGGAACCCUCUCAUAAUAAAGAAGAGGUACCAAUAAUAAAUAGUAUUCUUUUAUUAAGCUUAGUUAUUAUUCAUCCACAAUAUUUCCUUGAUUCUGAUUGGCUGAAAGCACACGCAUAUUAUUCACCAUAACCAGCUACUGAUGACUGAUGAUGGGAGAAUUUUGCGAUUAAUCUACCGAUGACAUCAAAAGUGCAGCUUUGUUGCAGGUUAAUGCACUGUUAACCGAGAAGACCUGGGGACCAGGUUGAGUUGUUUUGGUUGUGAGAUGUCUGCCAUUUUUGGUUUCACAACCAAAACAACUCAAGAGUCUAAGAACUAGGCGAAAUAAUAGCUAGAACAGCAAGAAGACAACUCGAAGGGCAACAUCUGUGAUGGAGAAUAUUUGCUGAGCUGAACAACCCUAAACGUGCCCUAUCGAAGAUGAACUUAACAUAAGAUGGAGGUACAAACAUGUUUUAGCUAUGUUUUUAAACUAGGAAUUAUUUUGAAUGAAUAAUAAAACAAUUAUUAAAUUUGGCUUUGCAUCUUAUGAAAAAUUAUGGAGAUCUCAGAGAGUGUUAUUUGUUGAGACCGUGACAACACCCUCCUCGAUCUCCGUAAUUCUUCGUAAGAUGCUCAGCCUCAUUCAUUAAUCGUUAAACAAUUACAGUUGAGGUUCUUUUUAAUGGCCACCUUGGAGACAGAAGAAAAACUGUGGCCGUUGUAGAGAGAUUUAAGCGGGAGUCAAUGACUGGACUGCGUCCACCAGAGAAGUGGCCGUUGUAAAUAGUUGGCCGUUAGUGGAGGCUCCAUUGUAUUUUUAGAUUUUUAGAUGGCCUGAUGAUCAGUCAUGACAGUUCUGAUAAUAAUGAUGGUGUGAUAAUGAUGUUCAAUUAAGAUGAUCUUAGUAUUAAAGAUUAUGUCCGUGAAUGGUUUUUAACCCAGGAGUCAUGAUAGAAAUAAGUAGGUACAGGAAUAAAUUAAGAUCAGCUGGGGGAUUUUAGUCCUGAGCAAGAAUGUUUCUGACCAUGACUGACAUUUUCCAUAUCCUUUACUUGAUAUGACCAGCUCACAGGUUGUCAGAGUCACUGUCAACAACAGUCCUUUUUGGGACAAAAUUAUCGCGUGGAUGAUCAUAUUUCAAUAAAUUAGUAUUUUUAGUGUUAAGAGGUGAACUUUUUAGACAAUUUAAGAUUUCAUGGGCGAAGCCACAUGUAUCCACGUGCAUACCAGAAAAAAUUUGCCGCAGGUUAAUCAAUUAAUCAAUUAAUCUGCGUGCUUUUUUCAACAGACUUGGCAUUUGAAUUUUCUGUGGAGAGAUAAGAAAUAUCAAAGUGAAUUUUGCUAUAAAACAAACUAGAAUCCUGCAUCUACUUUGGAGAUUUUGGCAAAAAAGCCAUUUUCAUUUCACUUUCUCUAGACUGAACGAUCUGAAACUGCUCAUAUAUCAAUGUUGUUUACAGGUUCAGUGAUAUGUUAACUUUUGCUCCUAACUUACAGAUUUCAACCUUCAGGCAUACUUUUUUCUUUCGCGUUCUCUCUUUUCCACCUUUCGCUUUUCUUUUCCCGUUUUUUUCUUUUGCUGGGCAUUUAUUUAGCUUCAUUUUGGUGGGAAAAGUUCUUCCAAACGUCCGUGAGAUCGAGAGAUCGAGAAAUUAUUUUUGAAAGAAGUACAGUUAGGAAGCUGCACAAGACUUUCAAUGGAUCUUUCUGAUCGAAAUUUCAUGACUUAAUUUAGCGGUUUCCUUUGCCAUGCUUUGCGCUCGUUAGGUAUGGUUUGAAAAAUCUAACUCCUCUGCUUAAAAAUUUAUGCCUUCACACUUGAAGCUUUGAAACUGACAGUUGCGACACGGGAGCUCAGUAACUAACCAUGAUAGCGACGAUCAUGAAAAUGCGUUAAAAAAAUUCUUUUAUGAUCAAAACAACAGCUCUGAAUGUGCAUCGCACUUUUCACCUAGUACGUUUUUUGACACCCACUGCAAUGACUACGACUAUAAAUGCUCUGUUUUAUGGAUGACACUAACAAACGACGACGAAUUUCUUUCUUGUUUAACACAUGCAUGGUGCAGUUAACCCCUAAUUCUUGGAAAAUUUGCCCAUGACAAGUUUAUAAGCGAAGCUAAAUAAAUACAAGAAACUGUUUAAAAUAAGUCUGAUUAAUUUUUAGAAUCUUUUCCUCUACGGUAGUGAUUGGGGAUAUGCCGUUGAGUUUUGGAAAUGUUAGCCAAAACAAAAUAAGAGCAAAACAUUAAAAGUAAGUAAAUAGCGAGGGUGGUUUAAAAAGGGAAAGACACCGCGAGUCUUUGCUGGCAAGAAACUCAACUUAGUUAUUUCUUUCAAAUAUUAAUUUUUCAACCGCAAAAAAAUUGCCUCCUUAUACAUUACCUGCUGCCUUUCUUAGAAUACGUUUCCCUCAAGAGUGGAUACAAUUUGAAGGCUAUCGAGAAAUAACAAAAAUGAAGACCUUACAUUUCAGCGAGAAAAUCUUGUAGAAAACAAAGUGUAGACAAUACGUCUAACUUACUCUACUUUAUUUCUUCGCAUAUUUCGCCCUUCACGACAAAGCCUGAUGGUAGUUGGAUUGGCUUCUAAACGGUGAAACUACGAGCAAACAUUUUCUUAACUCUCUUUGCCUGGAUAAUGACUAGUCAACAGGAGCAGCAGCAUCAAACGGCGCUUUCUAUAGAAAAAAGAGGUCUUAAGUUCGUUUAGGAGCACUGCGUGUAAGGGUCAUUAUCAAAUGUUUUCUAAAAUCGAUAUCGUUUUAACUGUUCCUUAACAUUUGACAAUAGUUGCAAUUAUUUAUCUUAGUUUCUCAGGUAUUUCUUCCAUCUCUUUGUUGGUGAGGACGGCGUUCAGUCAGUGAAGAUCGUCACAGAGAAGCCGAUGCACGACGGUAGUCUCACGAUAGCCCUCGAGCCUUUUUCAGAUGCCAAAGACUAUUGGAGAUCUCCUCUGUUGUUUGUACACGCCGAAGAACAAGAGACUUUUCGUUAUCGUUAUGUGGUGAAAUACAGUAAAGGACUAAUAAAGGCCGUCACCACGUUUUUUGUCGGUACGUUUACUGGAAGAAGUUAUGAAAAAAUUGUACAAGAAGUGCGCGCACGCUAUUUAACUAACGGGAUGCAUCAGUUUGACAUUUUUCAGAACCCCAUUGAUCCUUCCCGGAUGCGAAGUGUUUUCACUGGGCAAUUGUUUUUCAUCAAAAUGUUGUGCCGAGAACUCAACAAUGGUGGAAAUCUGAAAGAACUGCUGAUUGAUUGUGAACACGUAGGAUUUGCCCACCCGUCGUUUAUCACAGAGGACGUGAAACAAUUUUUGAAGUGGGUACAGCAUAUGGCAGGUAACUCCCACACUCCUUAUCAGGCCGUCUUUCUAUGUUCACUUCUUGGUCAGUUAGUUGAACGCGGGCGUACCUGGCAAGCUGGAUACACUUGCAGCCAUCUUGGAAAAAAGUGCUGUGAUUUGAUUUUGUCCUCCUUUGGUAGCUGUCCCUACACGCCACUGCCUCAAAGUAGUUUGAAGUUCAUCAAAAUUGUGGCUGAACCUCUUUUCAUUGCUGGGUCCUCAACGGGUUGCUUGAUGUUUAUUAACUAUUUUUGUAAUCUGUUAGAUGCCAACUAUGUAAUGCUGGUGGUGAAUAAACUCACAUCACAGACGUACACUGAACACCAGUUCGACCAGGAUGUGCUAAUUUUGUUAGACACCCUGAAAGGUUUAAACGACCAUGCCUUCUGUACAAGGUAUUUGUCUUAUGUCGUAGGCUGUUCUCCAUCUGCCCGUUGCCUUUGGAAACUCCAUAACACCAUGUCUCGCACGUUCCCGGGCGUGGUAGAGGCCCUAACGAAGGAGUUUAUAAGCGUUUACAGCAAGUUCAUUUCACGUCGUGCAAGAAAACCAGAUCUUCUCGACCCAUUGUUUUGGCCUUUUGUACCAGAGAGCUUGAAAGACAAAGUAGCCAGUCUUUUCUGCAGAGCACUUGAGGCUCAAGUUCUUUCAGAGACUGAAUGGCCGAAAGAAAGGCUUCUUGAAUUGCAGGACAUCAUUGUUGACACAAGGCUACAUUCAUCGGAUGAUUUUCGUCAUUUUGCAAUAGAGGUCAUGACACACAAAUGUAAAGACUUGGUAUCCAUUCUCCCAGAUCUGCUGAAUUCAACUGCAUUCUGCUGUUAUUGGAAAACCGUCCUCUCCGAUGCAGACAAAGAAAAAGUUUGCGAUCACUGGUUAAAAACAUCCUAUCGAAAUCUAACGAAGCCUAAAGAGCGGAUCCUGGCUGUUGUGGAAGCCUGUGAGAUGCUAUGUGCCACGGAGGCUUUGAAAUGCGACAAACCACUUUGUGUUCUUAUGCAGACGUGGGUGGAGCGUUUGGUCCUCAAGAUGAGUUGUCAGGCCGUCAUGAGUGCGUUUCAAGAUGGCCAGAAUAGGUCCCCUACGGUUUGCCGGCACCUCAUGUCUCUUCUUAGAAGUGCCAUAAAGCAGCACAGUGGCACAGGAGACCGUCGUUCAAAAUAUAGGCAGAUGAUUCAGCUACUUGGCCUCGAUGGUCCCAAGGAGAAAAAGAAGGGUUUAAACAAGGCAAAGUUGACGAGGUGGGUUGAAUGUAAUAAGAAGGAGAAAGACUUUUUCUAGCGAUCAAAGCUGUCUAGGAAAAGGACUAGUCAUUUGUGUGAUCUGUGUACCAAUUGAUUUUUUAAGAGAACGUUAAGAUUUACCGUUGCAGCAAAGAUAGAAUUAAGAAAGCUGCAAUUAAAGAACCUUGAAAACUUGCAAAGGAAAGGGGUUUUAAGCUCGAAAGAGUUACAAAGUUUAAUAGUUUCGAUUAAUUCCACGUCGCUGAAAUAGUUUUAUUAGUGAAAGACCCGCUUGGCUCAACAGAUAAGACGAUUUGGUCCAAAACAAGAGCAGAGCAAUGUAAAGCGUAUUAAUAGGGAGCUUUAGCAACGAGAACGGCAAAAAUGCAAUAGGUUUGCAAUAACUUUGCACGUGUAUCACACAUUUUUGUACAUUUCUUUGCCGUAACUACACGACUAAGACGUGAAAAAGCCUAAUGUCAUGUUUCAUCAAGUGACGUUAACAAGUGACGACGAAUUUUUCUUUCUCUUUACAAAAUUGAGUGCUGUCCCCAAGAAAUCAACUCCGGGGAAAUUCACCUACAUUUGACAUUAUCAGCGAAUUAGAAUAAACGCGAUAAAGUUUUAAAAAACGCGAAUUAAAUCUUUAAAGUGACGUUUUCGCUUUCGUCGCCGUCGUCGAUGCUAAAGCUCCCCAAUUUUUUCCUUUGUACCGAGAAAUAAUACCGUUCUGGCGCCGCGGAAAAAUAUCUAUCCAGUAACUAACGUAACUGAUUUUCCUAACACUUAGAAUCCCCAUGAAUGGGAUUUAGCUGUAGGAUAGCGUUAUCCACCUAUUGAACAACUGCAGCCAAUAUAAUCGAACUCAAGUUAUUUACCCUAUCUUGAAUAUUAGGGCUGAAGAAGAGGUUCUUUUGGCUGUAUUGGAUGACCUACCUAUAGCAAGUGGUAAAGGACCAGAACAGGUUUUCAAAGCUAUGAUCGCCGACAGUGACGUGUGGGUGCCUGUAUUAAGCGCACUUCAUCCUCAGAGCACUCUUAUGAAACAUCCAAAUGUUUUGACGGCCACAAAUGCAUUGCAGCAAUUAUCCAGUCCUCGACACAGGUCCAAGUUGCCUGUAUCAUUUUUUCUAGAUAUGAAGGGGGAGGACCUCCGUCGACUUGCAAAGAUGUGUGCCGUGGCUUCUUCCUUGGAUCCUGAAGCCACAGAGAAGAAACCAGAUGACUGGAUGGCGGACUUUUCUAAGGAUCAGGCGGCUGCACAAUCCUUCUGUGAUCAAUUCGCUAGACUACAGAAAACAAUACUAUUCCUUGAGGCAGUGACCAAGAACAUUGUGGUGAUAUCUGACGCAAAGCUGAUAAUAUCCGAAGUCAACAAAAGAAAGAAAUUAAAGACGACCAUCAUCCUUGGAGUUGCUGCUCAUGGUAGUUACUGGGGAUCACUGUGCAGUUUGAUUGACUCAGGAAAGGCAAUCGAGUGCGCUCAGGAAUCGGUUGUAUUUACCAAUAUUGCGCGUCUGUGUAUGAAAGAGGAGGUUGCAGUAAGUCAAACGCAAGUGGAGGUGGUAGCCAGUGAUUCAGAAGAUUUGCAGGAAUCCAAGGAAGACGGUAGCACAGAACGUACAGCAGCUGAAAUAUUGGGCCUUCUAAAAAGCAAAGGUUUAUCUAAGCUUGAAGACGCGUGCACUAACCUUUUUGCAACGAAUAAAGAUCUAAGCGUUCAGGAAGUACAAAUGCUCUUUAACGGAAUUGCUGAUGAAGUCGCCCUCAAAAAGGAAUUGAAAGUGAUCAGAUCCCUUUUUCCCACUUCUGCUUCUCAACGAAAGGUGAAAAUGUUAUUGAACGUCCUGUAUUUUCCUCGCAUCAGUGCAAAAGCUGAGCAGUUGAUGUCGGUAUUUGCAGCCCUUGGUUACGAAGGUACUGGAAAUGGCGAUUCAGUGACUAAGGCCUUAGAAGAAGUAAUCUCCUCCGCUCAUAACACCGAUAUCACACUAACGCGUCUCUCUGAAGUUGUUGAAGAUACGACAGUUACCAUCGUUGAUCGCAAGCUUGAUGAUAAUCUGACAACUAUCUUUAAAACACUUCAGGAAUCUAGCGAGCUGAUCUCUUUCAUGAAAGAAACUGCCGGUGAAGACAUCAGGAUACUAAUUGAUGCUGUUGAAGAACAUUCUGAUCAAUUCGUUUCGGAAGCCACUGUCUCGGAUUUGAUUGAUGUUCAUGGGUUUUUGCGCACCUUCCUACGAGAAGAGCCGAAAGAUCCGUUGAUGCUUCUGGACACCGUUGAGAAAUGCUACUCUAAGCUUGAGAAGAAAGUAGAAAUGGCAGCCAAAAUCAAGGAAUGCGGCUGUAAUGUCCACAGUUUAAGAGGCCUCUACAUGAAUGUUGCCAACCGAGGAGAAAUGACGAAGGAAAUUAUCAGCAACGCAGUGCAGAAAGGGUGUUACCUCAUCAUGGCCAGCUCCAAUGGUUCAUACGAAGUUCAACUUAGCUAUCGCCGCCAGGAAGGUGACUCUAAAGAAACAAGCUACAACAUGGCAGAACUUCAUGACCUUCGAAGUCGAGCUCUUCUUAUUGUAAACACUGACAAAAAGCCAGAAAAGCAGAGACAAUCAGAUAACUGUGAUGCUACGGCUGCUUCUCUGAACAGGAGCUUGUCUACUUUUAUCCAACAAGUUCAAACGAUUACCGACAUCCUUAACAUGGUCAUGUCGUUGCGAGAGUCAGGCCACCCACAAUUUAAUGACACAUUUUGGUAUAAGCUUAGUUCCUUUAAAGAUACUUUGACUCUGGCAAAAUCGUUGGAAGAAAAGUUGAAGGAGUGGAGAAAUGUCAUGCAUGUUUUGCAAAAAGAACACUAUUUCUUAAACUUCUUUCAUCCCGACCAGCUUUGGAUUCUAAGGAAAUUUUUCUCCAGACCUCUCUCCAGAACUAAAGCGGAUGUCUCUUUGAGAAACCUAGUCUACAGUCUGCUGCGAUUUGUGGAUCCCAGCGUUCACCACAAGGACCUUGAUGAGUUUCAUCGAUUGUACAAACAACCUAAAGAAAACACUGAACGUGAAAAUGACCUCCGCGCCGUUGGAGAAGUUCUUGAUGCCAUUUUUGUUUCUCGCCAUACUUCAGAGGUACAAAACGCUCACCCACAUAAUCCGCAAAGUGCGGUCAAGCCCGGAGAAUUGUUUGUAGCGGUCCUUGAGGAAAACAGUAAACAGACAGCUCAUGUGGUUAUGUCUUUAUUCGAACAAACCACAGGCUCGUAUCCACAACCUAGUCAGAUUCUUUUCUGUCAUUCUGAGACCUCUUGGGAAGAGGUUGAACGACUUCUUAAGCGUGCAUUUGAAGCACAUGAACAUUCGACGGUAGUCAAACUACACUGCCUGGCUAACGUCGAAAACCUUUCAAACGACAUGCAGUUCGAGCUUGUUUCCGCCAUCAGGGCCUACCAAGAGAUGACAGAUGGUGCAUACUUGCUAAGCAUCGUCUGCUGUGGUGGAAUUCAUCAUCAUAUUGUCGAUCAGUUUUCUUCAUGCGCACACAACGAUACUGGAAUGACUGAAAAUCAACUUCGCAUCGCAUUCCAAGAGGACUUCCCAGACGUUUUUAUGGUCACCUCAGACCUUCCUGGUGUAGGGAAAACAGAAUUGAUUCAUGAACAUGCUGCAUCCAAAAACAAGAAAGUUUUAACAAUUCCUAUCAGUGGGCCCGUGUCUCGUAAAAGUUUGGUCAAGAUGUUGUGUGGUUUGACGUUCGCGAAAUAUGAAUGCAUUCAUUUUGAUGUUGGUGAGGUAAACGAUCCGUCCGUUCUAGACACACUGAUAUUUGAACUUGUCGUAGUUGGAAUGGUGUCUUGCGGAACAGACCUCUUUCAUCUUCCAACCAAGCACGUGUAUAUCGAAAUUGCAAAUACAUUAAGGCACUGGCUGCAAGAUUCUCUUCCUGUCACAAAGUGUUUUUCCCCUAGGCAUAUUAAGCUAGAUGGAUAUAAAGAUCUUGUUGUCAGUCAAGAACCAUUCAGUGCCGUGCAAGUGGUUUGCCAAUAUCUUCAUGCUUUUGAAUGUGGAAAAUUGGAAAGCAAAGAGGUAUGUCCUGCCAAUUUGAAGCCUCUUUCUCCAAAUCGCUGUAAAGAACUCCUGUCAAAGCACUUCUCAUCAAGUGGUGACCUAUCAUACAACAUAAUUGAGAGUUUUGUCAAGGUGUUCGCUAACCAGCUGAUGCAGUUUUCCGCAAGUCCUUACUUCAGGCCGCACAAUUUAAGAGCUGUGCUUGGGCCUUCACACGAUGUCCGCAACUGCUUGUUCAAAGCCCUUUUGGAAGUGUCACGGGAGUUUGCAUCGCGCUCUGUUGUCACCUGUAAGAGUGUUCAGUCAGAAGCGAUCUCCAAAGAAAAGGCUGUUGAAGUACUUAAAAAGAUUCAGUUGCAGUCAGGGAAUGUGGCUGAGAAAAUGGUGGAACGUGUGGAAGGAAUGAUACAGUGGGCCGAUAACAAUCACCUUGUGAUUGUUUUCCACAGUCUUGAAGCCUUGACUAUCUCGGCUCUGUAUCGUGAUUUGGCGUUGGUGCCCUCAAAUGUCCGUGAGCUAUUCAAGACACAAGCAGUGAAGGGUAAAAGCAUGGUUGACUUCACGAAAAUGGAUCAGAAAGAGCUUCAGCGAAGAUUAGAUCGAAUUGUUCGAACUACUCCUAGGGAAAAAGAUGAAAGCUUGCAGAACUUGAGCUAUGCUCUUACCCCAGACAACAUUCUCAAAAUGGUUCUUAUCAUUCAACGCAUACGAGCAGGAAUUCCAGUCAUUGUUAUGGGGGAAACAGGAUGUGGAAAGACAAGUCUUGUUAGAUACCUUGCGAAGACGUGUGGAGUCCUUUUUCACGUUUUUAAUUUCCAUGCAGGUGUUAGUGAGGAAGAGCUCGUCUGUUUCGUCCACAAAAUGGAAAAAGAAGCGGCCAAUGCCAAAGAAGUUUGGGUUUUUCUUGACGAGAUCAACACUUGUGAUUACCUUGGAACUAUCAAUGAGAUGAUUUGUCACCGAAGUAUCAAAGGCAAGCGUCUCCCAUCAAACGUGGUCUUUAUGGCAGCCUGCAAUCCGUACCGUCUCCGUCCAUCUGGAAAAAUUACAACUGCUGGUUUAAAUGGAAAGACGAUUUUGGAUGAAUUCUCCAAGCUAGUGUAUCGUGUCCACCCUUUACCAGAAACAAUGAUCGACUUUGUCUGGGAUUAUGGAUCUUUAAGUGAAAAUGAUGAACGUGCCUACAUAUGUCGUAUGGUGGAGGGAAUCACCGGAAACCCCAAUAACUUACUGGUUGAUCUUCUGUGUACCUCCCAAGACUACAUCCGAGACGUCGACAAAAGCCCUUACUGUGUAAGCUUGAGAGAUGUCCACCGAUGUAUUGUUCUUGUUAAAUGGUUUAAGAAAAUAUUGCAGCAGCGGCAAGAACUGCCUUUGUCAAAAAAGCAGGACAGUUAUAAAUACUACAAAGAGGCUAGCACUUUUUCUACCCGCGAGAGGUCCUUUGUGCUCGCCUUGGCUCACUGCUUCCAGUCUCGUCUUCCCACCACCAGUUCCAGGAAAAGAUACCGUCAGCACAUUGUAGGUUGCUUUAGAAGCCACGGAAAUUAUUCGUUCAACGAGUUUAGUUUUGAAGCUAUCGUAAGGGCAGAGCAGGAAGACUACCUGGAACGAAUGGAAUUGCCAGAAGGAACUGCUAAAAAUGCUGCCCUUCGUGAAAACGUGUUUGUGAUGCUUGUUUGUAUACUCAACCGUAUUCCGGUUUUUGUUGUUGGCAAGCCUGGCUGUAGCAAAUCAUUGUCUAUGCAGAUAAUCCGGAGCAACUUAAGAGGGAAGGAUGCCAAAGACUCUUUCCUCAAGACCCUGCCUCAACUUUACGUUGUUUCUCACCAAGGCUCUGAAUCAUCAACAUCAGAUGGCAUACUUAAGGUUUUUGAGAAAGCGAAGAAGUAUAAGGAACACAACAAAUCUGACGAUGUCCUUCCAGUUGUUCUUCUUGACGAAAUAGGUUUGGCUGAGGUCUCCAAGUACAAUCCUCUCAAAGUGCUACACAGCCUUCUGGAACCUGGUGACAGCAUAUUUCCUGAUGUUGCCGUUGUUGGUAUUUCAAACUGGGCCUUGGACGCUGCAAAAAUGAACCGUGCGAUCCAUCUUUCUCGACCUGAACCUGAUGUUGACGAUUUGUUCGAAACUGGAAAAUCGUUACGAGAAGCAGGCAGUGGCAUCAGUGACUCUGGGGUAUCUUGUACGCGUUCAGGUCGUCCGUUUGGCCAAGGAGCCUAUCCAGAUGACAAACAGCUACGUUGCCUUGCUGAAGCUUAUCAGAAGUACCAGGUACAGCAACUAUAUCCGAAUUUCCACGGGCUGCGUGACUAUUACAGCUUAAUAAAGUGUCUAAGUACAGACAUGAAUGGAGAAUUCACCCAAACAUUUCCUGAGGAUAAAACCAAGGAAAUCCAACGAGCAUUGCAAAGGAAUUUUGGUGGCGUACCCAACGAGGUGAAUAAUUUUCAAAGUUUGUUUCAAGAGCGAAUCCAGCUUCAGGAACUAAUGGAUCAAAAUUACCAGUUUGCAGUAACCGACCUCAUCUGUGACAAUCUACGGGACAAACGUGCGCGUCAUCUGAUGAUAAUCACUAACGGAGAUUCUGCGAUAGGCAUCCUUGAUCAAACGCUUCAGGAUCUCGAUAAAGAGAAGAUCACUGUUUUUGGCAGCCGAUUUGAGGAAGAUCUUUCCGAAGAGUACAAUUACCGUAUGCUAAGCCGCAUCAUUCUCUGCAUGGAGAGGGACUGUGUUCUCAUCCUGCGUGAUCUAGAGAGUAUCUACGGCAGUCUUUACGACAUGCUUAAUCAAAACUAUACAGUAGUUGGUGGGAAGAGAAACUGCCGUGUCGCUUUAGGAGCUUUCAGCAAUCCAAUGUGUCAAGUCCAUGACGGCUUUCGCUGUGUUGUGUUGAUUGAUCAAGAAAGAGUUGAUUUCACUGAUCCUCCUUUUCUUAAUCGAUUCGAGAAACAACUGCUUCGUUUUUCAGAUGUUCUUAAUGAAGAGCAAAGGAAGAUUAUCAAGAUUUUAAAGGAAUGGGUGAAACACAUCUCAACGAUUCCUGAUCUUGAGUCGCAGUUCCGCGAAGAAGACAUGUUCAUCGGAUUUUGUGAUGACACUCUUCCUUCGCUUGUCCUUAAAAACAGUCGAGACCCAAAUCUGGAGAGCCAUGAAAUUGUUGAAGAGUGCAAACGGGAUCUGAUGAUGGUGGCAUCUCCUGAUGGUGUCGUAAGGAGCGUACAAUCUGUCUUGGCUCAGACGAAUUUGGAAGAAGUUCAGCUGCUUUACAACGACUAUUUCCAGAAGCCUCUGCACAAUGGUUUGAGAGAUUACUUGCGACACUCGCUAGAAUGUUUACAACUUGAUUGUAAAGGUGAAGAUGCCACAAAGGGUAUGCGACUGGUGAUAAUGACCCACAGCAACAUUCAUGUGAAUGUAUCUCAGUGCCUCGAUGGUCUAGUUCAGUGCCAGACAGAGAAACUAAGCGCUUUUAAGUCUGAAAAGCAGUUGACCAAGGAGUUGGAACGAUUCUGGGGAUCCAGCGACUCUCUCUUGGUUCUACAAUGUAAACCAGAGCUAGAUGCUUCGCAUAUGCUCCUUGCAAAAUCCAUUAUUGAGCAGCAGAGGGAGACAUACAUCAAACGAGCAACUGACAAAAACCAGCCGCAAGUAAAGCAUGCUUGCAUUGUUAUCCAUGUUCAGAGAGAAAGUGAGGCCAAUAAGGCUGAGAAUCAGCGCUGGCAAUUCAGUUUUCAAAGCGGCUGGAAGCAAGUGACGAUCGAUGUGUUGGAGGACACAGUUUUGCCAGUAACCGAGUGUUUAGACGUCAGUGUCAUGGAGCUCUUAGAGUCAAAGACGCUCUCAUUUGAGGAAGUGGCUUCAAAUCAAUUCCUUUGGUGUUUUUUUCGCAUCAAAUAUUCGCCAUCUGCCCAGCCUCCAUGGGAUGACAUUCUUCAACUGGAAGAUCGUCUGAGGUCAUCGCUCAAGAUCCUUGCAUGCUUCAAGGAGCAAGUGAAUCGUUGGUUGGCAAAAAGAGUUGCUUUCGAUUCACAUGAAGAAGAUCGUCCAAGUUGGCAGUACUUCGUGGCAUGUGAUCGGCAGGCCUUAAUUAACUCCUCACAUUUAGUGGGAGCUAUUCAGCACCAUGUAAGCCAUCUCAUACGUCAACCACUUGCAAAGAUUGUCUACUUCUUGGAGAAGGAGUCUGCUUGGCCUUGGUUUGUGUUUCAACAGGACACUUUUCACGAGGAGGAACUUGAAGUCUGGCUGCAACUGGUCAUGGAUAACGAUAUUCUUAACAUCGAUGAUAUCCCUGAUCAUCAAGGGCCAGAGUCCUACUUCAUUUCUGAGCGGCGUGUGAAGCUGACGUUCCCUUAUUUCUCCGUAUUCUACAAAAAAGUAGAACACGUGCAAUCUGUUUUUGUUGAAGACCAAAGGCAACUUCUCUUGGACAGAACCAACCUAAACGAAAAUGAUGAGUUGAGCGAUGCUGUAGAAGAGGCUCAACUACAUCGAUUUGCUUCCGUUGUAAAGGAUAAAGUCCCUCAAGUAUGUGAGCUCGACUAUCUUCGAAGUCGCAUUGAAUGCUACGUGGAGGAUUUUCUCGACAUGAAGUCAGCUCAGUUUUCGAAUCUUUUAUCCCGAGACGAAAGAAUUGACUUCUUAAAGUCUGCAAUGGCAAAUGACGUAAAGUUCUCCAUUAACGGUGACCCCGCCCUUCUAGUCACUCGGCUGCAUUCUCUUUUCUGGCUGAACGAACCUUCCUAUGUGGCAGCCCUUCAGGUGUUCGUGACGUGUUACAAGAUCGCGAAUGUAGAUUUUGGGGGACUCGUCUCUGAGUUUACUCCCUUGUUUGAGAAAAUGCUGUUUCAGGAAAACAAUGCAGCAAAAAACGAUCCCAUGGAAGAUUCUCAACAACUUGAAAGAAAUCAUUCUUUUGAUGUACACCACAGUGAAGAUGUGUGUGCGAUGGUGGAGGGCUCCGAAGUCGACCGAGGGGAGGUCAGCAGUGAAACAUUUACAACAGAGAACGAGAGGAGACUUGAAAAAGAGCGAAACGACGACGAAAUGAAGGCAGUGGGAGAUAUCGGCUCACAGAUUGAGGAAGGAAAGGAAGAUGCCAUUGGAACUAAAAAUCAAGGGAUUCAGGAGCCUAAAGACGAAGAUGUAACACAGACAACGGGGCGAAAUGAUUCAAUGAAAGAGAAUAGUGAAAGUGGCGUUUGUGAACGUGAAAGUGUGGGUGGAGAAAAUGACGUGACUGUUGAACACGAAGGGAACUCCGGAUUGGAACUAAAACAAGGUGUAGAAGGUAAUCCUCGAGAAAAUGGGCAAAUUGAUAACAGCGUAAAGGCAAAAGAUGAUAUCCCAUGUUGGCACGUAAAACAUGAAGAUAUUAUCGAAGAUCUUAAUGUAGACAAUAAUGAUACAACAAGCGAACAGGUAAUCAGUGAACAACUCAUCGCAGAAAACUUAGAGGAGAAUGCAGCUACCAACGACGAAUGGGAGGAGGGUGGCAUAGGCACGGUAACAGACGACAGUGGUGUCGAAGAAAGCGUGAGCUUCAACGAAGUAUUAUUAGAGACGCUCUGUUCUGCGCUACUUCCAACGGACGACGUCGUGAAGAAUUUAAAAGGCCCUGAAGGAUGGCAGAGAACAGCAAGUCUCUUUCUUUCAACAGCUAGCAGAAUGCAAGUUCAUAUUCCUGCAUGCCAUUACCUUUGUGUCUGUCACGAUUUUGUUACACUUUUGGUAUUACCAGAGAGUCUUGAACCAUACUCCCUCUAUAUGCUUGGAGCACUUGGAAAAACGGGAGCCUCUGAGGGCUAUCUCGAUUCCCCAGACACUUUUGAUCGUAUUACUAGCGUCAUUGAUGAGUUGGAGCAACGAGGCAUUAAAAAGAGACGUUUGGAAGACUUUCUGAUGUUCUUCUAUGGACGUUGCAUCGAUUCAAAUCCAGACACACCAGUACUUGGUAUCAUACUGGCAAAGAUCAGUUCCACUGGAGCGAACGCACUUUUACGGCUUGCUGGACCGUUGCUGCACCGUAUUUUUCUCACAGAAGAAAGCUUAAGCCCUGGUGUCUUUCAAGAGCUCUUACACAGCUUGGACUCCAUCAACGAUCAUCCAGGCCUCCAAGAGACAAGUGCUGCUUUGUCAACACUAUCUGAUGAUGUUGAGUUGGACUCCCCUUUCGCAGUGGUGUGUUGUGAUCUUAUAAGCGAGGUUGCGUUCCCUGAAGUAGACUUAUCGACGAUGUCACACUCGGAGGAUCAAAUUCUGAUGAAUUUUCGCAAGGCCUUUCAAACCCUGACAGAACCUUGCGAAGACACUGAAAACGGAUCGUUUCAUCUUCUUUGUGCCACCGCUUAUAUGAGGUCAUUCCUGGCAUCAUUUGCAAAGCUUAUUUUGGCAAGGCGCCAGUGCCUUACUGAAGAAGGGGAGUUUACAGUGCUUUUGAAUGAAUUGAAUGCAGCCCUUUCCUGUAAUUACCUCGAUCCUGUCUCUUCUAGGGCGGUAGAAUUGCAACUGUACUUCGUAAAGGAACUGAAGAAAGAACUCUACAUGUGUGAGGUGCGUGACAUCUGCCUACGUAGCCCGAAACUUCCAGCGUUGAAGAAUUUAGAAUGGCAUGAUGAAGCCCUGGUUGGCAAACUUAGUUUUGAUCCUCUGCGAAACUAUACAGAGAAUUCUCAAGCACAAGCUGCGUUAGCAACUCUUCUCGAGAAGAACAACCCCAAGCCCCUUGAAGACACCAUUCUUGCUAUGUCAAGUUCUGCAGAAAAGAGGAUGGAGAUGGCGGCCACCCUUGCCAAGUCGUUUUACCUUGUUCGUUCUACACGAUCUCUGAAGGACAGUGAGGACAAAGUAAUUAACUCCUUCAUAGGGAAGUUUCGGAACUUUGAAUAUCCCUAUGUCCAGCUCCUCCAGGGAAUUACGGGAAGGAAGGAUUUCAAAAGUCAAAAACUUUGUAUUUCUUCAGAGUCUUCACCAGCUGACGUGCAUAGAGCAACUCUAAUCCUGCAUCUUUGCAUAGUUCUAGCCUCUCAUUUCAGUGGUGUUGAGCAGAAAAAGCCGGCGUUUAUGUCAUACCUUACGAGUCCUUUGGCCUCAAGCGAUACAUACGUCCUGGCGUCUGGAGAGGGUUGUCAGCAGCCGUAUGAGGUACAUCGCAAUUACAGCAGCUUCGAUGAAACAUCCUUUUUCUAUUGCUCCUGUAGAACAUUCUUUGUUGCUGCUAGUGAUGAUGAUGAUGAUGAUGAUGAUGAUGAUGAUGAUGAAAUAAAGUGUCCCAACUGUCGUUCACUUUGCAAAGCUGAGAAAGUACCUAGCAAGAAUACUGCAGCUGUCGUUAAAGCCAUACAGCCAUCUAAAGUUCCUGUCUGCCUCACAUGUCCUCAAGAUUUUUUCAUUCACGUACGGCAAAUGGAUCCAAGAGAAUUCCGAGUUCUCCACUUGUUCGUGCAUGCAGCACUUUACGGAGGCUUCGCGAUGGAGUUGUUUGAUGAAAAUAGUCUGACCCAAAUACUGGGCAAUGCUGCUACGGACAGUGAUCCUUGCGAAGUGUGCUUUCAACAGAUUGAUAACGAUCUAAAAGCGUUAUGUCUUCUUUUAGACGCAAAUGAAGAAUAUGUCAUCGGUUUCUUGCACUGUGCUUUGCACGAAAGUAUUUCCAUCCUUACUUCGGGAAGUCUAUGUCAAACAGAAGGGGAAAGGUUGGCAUGGGAAAUCUCGUUCGCUGAAACCGUGCGCCCUUUACUUCGAGAGUUUUACCCGAGGAAACUUUUGGCAAGUUUGCAAGACUUCAUGAGCAAGUCUACACUGACCGUUGAAAGGAGGAUAGAGGAAAUUGAUGAAACCCAGUUUUCAGACACGGCAGAGAGAAACCUGCACCUUCCAAGGUUGUUGCGUGUAACGCUGCCUAAAACCUUCUUGUCCCUCAGCGCGUGUUAUAUGUCAGCUGAUCAAGAUACUAGGAACCAACAUCCCCUUCUUGGGUUAUUCCUUGAUUCAAACGACUCUCUUCCAAAUGUUGCAAGCCUCCACGAUCUCCUUUCCUGGAGUCGUAUUGUGGACUCACUUUUAAGUAGACGUCUGUGUCGCCACGAAGCUUCUACAAAUAUAGGAGAUAUCAUUCGAAAAGAAUCCAAAUCUCCUGAGGAGAGAAAGCGAUUAAGUGAGAUCUUCGAGAAGUUCAGCAUGGCAUGGAAGAAGAUGCGUCCUUUCGUCAGGGACCGUUUAAAACGAGAGGUGCCAUACCUAAGUGAAAGCUCACCGAUUUCAUUUUGCUUGAUUGAGAAAAGAGACAAGGGUACCUUUCUUUGUGCUGCUAUGGAAAUACUUCGGGAGAUCCAGAAUGAUUUCUUGCAGAAGACGCUCACUAUUGCAUCAACAGGAAAAUGUUCUGCGCUAUUCUUUUUGGAGAGAGAAGAAGGAAAAUGUACUAUUCCAGUCGUCCACUUACAGGAAGCUCUGGAGAAAGAAAUUAUCCAGUAUCAAUGGACAGAUGAAAUUUUAAGGCAUUCUCAACGUAACACCGAGUACGGCCAUGGCAGGGAGAUCUUUUUUGAUCUUGCAAAGAUUGAAAAAGAGAUGGCAGUCAGAUUUUUGGUGGGAAAGUCUUACCUUUCAACUCUCGAAGGAUUACAAGAGUUCAUUUUCGCCCGAGAGCUCUUUCAUACUUGUAGAGGUAUUUUGGACGACUUACAAGAGCUGAUUCCGCAGCAACCACUCACAGAUGUGUUUCGAAGUAGUCUGUCCAGGCAGUGUGAGCAGAGUCUGAAGAACGUACAAGAUUUGCUUGAGCACAUGGAAAUUGUCCUUUGCCUGUUAAAAAGACAUCGUGUUGGGAAACCAGAGGAUCCUUUGACAGAAUUCACAGACAACUGGCUGCGUGGACCAAGGCCGUUUCCAAAGGAUCUACUCCCUCAGCCCCACAGCGCCAUCCAGCUCACACAUGUAGUUGCCUUGUACGAGUUUCUCGAAGACAUGUUGGCUGAACCGGCUGCCAAACGAGUUCACGACAUGUAUCGUGUACGCAUACCUGAAGAGAUAGCUAACGAAAUGACCAAGGGAACCCCCGCGUCUGGAACGACCGAGUCACAUCAUUCUGUUAUAAAUGCCAUCAAUGUAGCGCUCAAACGCUUCAUUUACCGUUACCUUUCUUCUGAGGAAAUGAAACCUGAACCAGCUGACAGUCUGAAGGAGCGCAUGCAGGAGAGGUCACUUUGGCCAAUUGAUGCAUUCAAGUCGUGGAACCUGAAAGUGGAAUCUCCAGCAAAAUUCAUCGGUGACAUGUUUCCCGAGAAGCUGGCCAUAAAACAUACGUACCAAGUUUUAUGCUUUUACCAGGAUCGACUUAAAGUAAGUGAUGAAAAAUGUACUUGUCAUUAA